GGUCACAAUCUUCUCAAUUGAAUCAGAGAGAUAUUUUGACCAAACUUAAUAUCAUUACUAGUUCCGCAAAUAGAUUGAAAGAAAUCGCUGACUGGGAAAAUGACGAAGCACAAACCCAGUAUCAGCAAUAUGGUCAGGUGAUUGCAGGGUUGAAUAAUCAAGCAACUCAACUUCAAGCCCAAAUUCAGGGAGAUGCACAAAUUAUUAUACAAUUACAGGCUCGAAAAGAUGGAUUAGGCAGUAGAAAGUAA